UGACGAGAUGCGAUCAAUUGCCAGUGUAUUCAAACGCUAUUAAAUUGACAUGGAAUAGAAUCGAGUGAACCCUCAAUACACGCAGUAUCGCCGGACCGUCAUCCUCCGACCCCCGCGGAGAAACCACCCUCUUUACUCACCCACACAUCCCCUCCGGUACAGGAGAGCUGCAGGUAUUACCAGAUAUCUCACGUCUUGUUGUCAGUUUCCCCGACACCAUUACAGACAUCUGAAGUUUAUUUAUUACCGAGACAUGCAACAGUAGCUCUGAACGUUCAUCUCUAUUGUUGAUGAUGGAGAAAGGUGCGAUAUCUCCAUUGCGGGAAGAGGGCGAGAGACGGGUGUCCUUGGAGUCGGAAGCCGAAUUGUCGGAUGUAGGUUCUGACAUUGAUGUGACAGAGAGCAGAGUUUGUGACAGUGACAGCAACAGCAACAUCGACCACCACAGCAACAUCGAUCAUCACAGCAACAUUGACCACCGCAGCAACACUGACCACCACAGCAACACCGACAACAACAGCGGCAACGACCGUUCCUCUCCAAAGUCAACGCAAUGCCACAGUUCCGUGAAACCGACUGUAAAAGUUUUGCCACGACCGUCCUUCCUUAUAACAGACAUUCUGGGCCAGAGGGGCAGUGACUUUGACAGAUUGUCAGGUGAUGGUCGAGGCAGAGACACGACUCCUGUUAGUGCCAGGACGUUUGGACAUAUAACUGACAGUACCUUACUUGGGCACCUAUCUAACUCAUCUAGACUCGGGCACCUGUCUGACACAUCUAGACUCGGGCACCUGUCAGAAGGUGUCAGAAAUGUUGGGCAUCUCUCAGACAGAUCCCGCUCACGGUCGCCCCUCUACAAGAAGGCUGACACAUCGAUUAGCGACAGCGAGGACGAGGAUGACGUUGACGACGGUGACGAUGCCGACUCCCUCAUGAUUAAGUCUAAAAAGCCCCGCAAGGCCCGUACGGCGUUCACCGACCACCAGCUGAGCUGUCUGGAGAAAAGUUUUGAGAGACAGAAAUACCUCAGUGUCCAGGACAGGAUGGAACUCGCGGCCAAACUCAACCUGACCGACACCCAAGUGAAGACGUGGUACCAAAACAGAAGGACCAAGUGGAAGAGACAGACGGCGGUUGGCCUGGAACUCCUGGCGGAAGCGGGCAACUAUGCCGCCGUACAGCGCAUGCUCCAGACCAACCCCUACUGGUUCACAUACCACCCCCAGGCCGCGUCCAUCCUCUCCAACAUAGACGCAUUCUACUUCCGCCACGGAGACUCGGCCUUCACGCAGGCGCAGAGGCCCUCACUUCCCCGGAUGUUCAUCCACGGUCUCCAGCAACACGUGAGUCAGCUCCCUACACCGACAGGGGCCACCGUGUUCCCGGACACCCGGGGGUGAGGUCACUCAGCUGACCAUGUCCACGCAGGCCGUGUCGGAAGUGACGCUUGGACAGAACGGAUCCACGGCUGAACUUUGAAAAGACAAAAGAUGCGUGUUGUGUUCAAAUAUAUAACCAUCUGCAGUCGAGGUGGUUGUGAUAGACGCGACUGACGACAUGCCCGAUGAAGGACGACUCUGCUCGGUGUUAACAUGGAAGGACUCUGUUUAGUGCAACAGAGCUGUCUUUAUGUUCUGUGUGUGCGAACUAUGUUCAGAAGUCCGUUUGUUCGAGUUACCGUUUUACGAACGAACACGUCAUCACCUCGUAUGUGCCGUCACAGAGUUCUAAAACGCUGCUUUGGUGUCUUUUGUAUGACUAUGCUACGAACACUUAAUAUACGGUCACAAAGUACGAGGGCGCUGUUCCGAUGUCCCCUUGUCCGAAUGACUGUGCUACUCGUGAACACUUAAUAUGCUUUCACAAAGUACGAGAGCGUUGUUCCGAUGUCCCCUUGUCCGAAUGACUGUGCUAUGAAAACUUUAUGUACUGUCACAAAGUACGAGAGCGCUCCUCCGAUGUCCCCUUGCCUGAAUGACUGUGCUAUGAAUACUUAUUGUGCUGUCACAAAGUACUAGAACGUCCAGAUUGUCCAUGUCUCGCGCCUGCAGGAGGUUGGGCGGCGUCACGUGGGUGGACUCAUGUUACCAUUAUAUUAUCUUUACUCAAAAGCAUAUUUAAUGCUGUUUCUAAUAUUCUUUAUUUUACAUUGAUGUUUCAUGCAAUAAAAAAUCCAACCAAGAAA